AUUUAUUUCAAGUGUCCAAGAAGUAGUUCCACAUUAACCAGGAAAAGCUUGUUUUCUGAAGACCGUAAGGAACCUCUGGUUUCAUCAUGGCAAGUCAGGUUGCCGAGUCAAAUGGUGAAUUUUGCCUCGAUCUUUUCCAUGAGCUGAGUCGCCCAAGCAUGGAUGCAAACGUAUUUUUUUCCUCAUUCGGGAUUCUGUCUGCUUUGGCCAUGCUGCACCUGGGUGCAAGAGAUGAAACGGCAUCUCAGAUACAAAAGGUUCUUCAUUUUGACAGAUUUACAGAAUUUGAAAACUCCAAGUCACCUCAGUGCCGGCAGACUAACAGUGUGCAUUCUGCAUUAGGAAGCAUACUUUCACAAAUCAGAGCACUCAACACUAAUUACACUCUGAGCAUUGCCAACAGAAUCUAUGUUGAACAAUCAUAUCCCAUUCUUCCGAAAUAUUUAAAAUGCACCAAGGAACUUUACAAAGCGGGUGUGGAAAAAGUCGACUUUAAAAAAACUUCUGAGCAAACAAGACUGUUAAUUAAUGCUUGGGUGGAAAGUCAAACAAAUGGUUUGAUCAAAGAUAUGUUUGCUUCCGGAUCUCUUACUUCCAGAACCGUCCUGACUUUAGUAAAUGCUAUUUACUUUAAAGGAAAGUGGGACUAUGAAUUUAAAAAAGAAAACACAAAAGAAAUGGUUUUUAUGGUGAAUGAGAAAGUAAACACGUCUGUGCAGAUGAUGCACCAGACCGCCUAUUUUAAUUUUGCAUCCAUAGAGAAGUCCAGAGUUCUAAUUCUUGAACUUCCAUAUGCUGGCAAUGAAAUGAGCAUGCUCAUACUUCUUCCAAAAGACCGCUUUGGCCUACUGCAGCUCCAAAGUUUAAUGACCUACAAAAAAUUAAGAAAAUGGAUGAAUUCCAUGAGAAAAAGAAAAGUGGAAGUAUUUGUGCCCCGAAUGAAGAUGGAAGAGAAAUAUAGUCUCGCAGGCAUUUUAGGCCACCUCGGCAUAACAGAUCUCUUCACACCAAUGGCUAAUCUCUCAGGCAUAUCCACUGCAGGAAGCCUUGAAGUGUCAGAAGUCAUUCAUAAGUCUUAUGUGGAAGUUAAUGAAGAAGGCACAGAGGCGGCAGCUGCUACUGGGUUAGAGAUCCGUAUCAACUCUGCUAAUAUUGUAAAACCUGUAUUCAGAGCUGAUCAUCCCUUUCUCUUCUUUGUUGUUCACAAAAAAACCAACCUGAUUCUCUUUUUGGGAAAAAUCUCCUCUCCUUAAAUUAUUGAUAUAUCUGUAACACCUUGGGAAAUCCUUGCGUUUAAGAUCAUAUCUUGUGAUAUCUCAUGGUUUGGGUUUCCAGCCUCCAGGUGGAGCCUGGAGAUCUCCCAGAAUUACAACUGAUCUCCAGACUACAGAGAUCAGUUUCCCUGGAGAAAAUGGGAAGUGGAUUGUAUGACAUAAUAUCCUGCUGAGGUUCCCCCACCCCCAUCUCAAACCCUGCCCUCCAGUUCCAAAUCUCCAGGACUUUCCCAAACCAUAGCUGGCAACCCUACUCAUGGUAUACGAGCUGCUGAAACAUGUGCCCUUUCCACACUUCUUUGGGGACAGCACUAAAUCAAAGACAUGUGGGAACACCUCAUGACCUGUCUCCUUGUUGGGACAAUGUGAGCAUGAAAAGGAGCUCAUAGCUUAGAAAUGUUGAUGCUGCCCCUAGAGGUGGGCACGAACAGCAAUACGAACAAAAAAAAGCCAUGAACAGCCCGAUCAGCUGUUCGCGAGCAAGCUGUUCAUGAGGCCCCGUUCUCGACGAACAUCUGUUUGUUCCAAGCCCUGUUCAUGGUGUUCAUCAACUGUUCAUCAAGCCAGACAAUCUGGUGCCUUUCAAUCAAUUCCCUUGGCAACAGUAGGCACGGACUUUCUGAACUGUGUCUGAACUCCUGUUGCACUGGAAACCCCAAUCUAAGCCCAGGGGCACUUCACCCCUGACUCAGCCACUUGUCAGGGAAAACCCUGACAAGGGCUGAUUGCAGCCUGCUGGGGUUUAAAUUUCCCUCUUCCUGCUGUUGCACAGUGCAGAAAGAGGGACAUUUAAAUCCCCCACUCGGCUGCUUGUCAGGGAAACCCCUGAGAAGCGGCUGAGUGCAGCCUGCCGGCGUGAAAUGCCCUUCUCUCUGCUGCUGCACAGCAGCAGGGAGAGGGGUACUUCACCCCCGACUCAGCCGCUUGUCAGGAGUUUCCUGACAAAGUCUCCCCACCAGCUGGCUGGAAGGAGGGAGACUUUGAAGGGAAGGAGGUUCCCCACACCGUUUGCAA